AUGCCACCAGCGCCGAGCACCCAGGACAAAGCGUUCGUGGCCCUGGAGCCUGUACCGGAGUUCACAGCAUUUGAAGCUCGGAAAGGCAGACUGCCGACCUUCAGAGAGCUGCAAGAAAAUCCGCAGCUGCACAAAGCUACCGUACGAGUUUUCGACUCCCUCACGGGGGCCGAUCCUGACCUGGUCCAUGGCUACUCUUAUGCGGACUAUCCACAUGCUUCUGCUGCGUCAACUCCUGGCUGUGUCGACAAAUGUGACAUCUGCAGAUCUCAUUGGCUUGUGGGCCUAGCGGCGAAGACUGUCGGAUACAGUACUUGCCAUACCGACGAGGACGCUCAGGAUCAGCUCGAUCUCACACGAAGUAACAUCGAACAGGACUAUCUCCACAUCCGCGAUCGACUGGAGAAGCACGGAGAUACACUUGUAAAGAGAUGGCACAAGCGCAACCCAACAAAGCGAGCUGCCUUACUCAGGCAGGUCUUGCCAAAGAUGUAUCCAAAGAGAGGUUUUCCACUGCUCGAGUUCCUUAACGCUGGGCCGGCACAGUUGGCAGAGUCGCCAGAUGAGCGCAUGGCCCGACUCCGUGUCGCGUGGCUUCUGCCGUACCUAAGCUUAGAGUCCCUGAGCGAAUCGCCACUCGAGCUGGUCGCCUUGCUGUACCAUCGUAUCGAGCAUCAGCCCACCGACUGGACGCUCUUCGACUUCCACCAACAUGAGUACGCCUUCAAGCCCGCCUUCGUACAGUCAGCCUACAAUCCACAUUGUGUCGACAUCUGUGGUGCGCGAUACGGCAAGCUGAUCCCAUUCCAGAAGCAAGGCUUGCACGCUGCGCUCAUGAUCAGCUUUCCGCGAGCGAACCUCCUCUUUGAUGCCCAGAAUAUCUUGUACAAGUUUCUCUCCACCCUCGUUGAUCUUAUACUUGGCCCUGCGGACAACGAUACCAAGCCAACGGGCAGGAAUGAGCUCAAUCGCCUUGCCACCGGUCAUGAGGGUGCCCCUUCCGGUUUGAGGGGUGACUGGAGCGCUCAGAACCUGCCAUUCGCCGGUCCACCUCGUUUCGACAUCCACGACAUACGAGAGAAGUUCAGUCUUCGACUUCGAGCUGCCGAAGACGAACUCGAGAUGCUGCAGACGGAUCCACUCUACUUUCGAGAACAGCUCAUUCGCGCUGAUCUCUCCGGGAAGAUACCUGACAAGCGAUACUGCGAGCUCGUAAACUUGACCAUGAUGAAUUUUCGCAAGCAUGACAAUUGGAAGUUCCUGCUGGCUGAGACCGAGGUCACAGCAAAAGCCCUUGGGGACAGAAUGUUCGCACUUCCGGACAACGAGCUACUUCCCAAGGACUAUGACGAAGCCUUGAGCCUCUUCCAAAACGUAUUAACGAGGUAUUUCAAAAUCCAUCAGAAGCAUCUCAUGAUCCUCUUGCUAGCAUCAAAAGGCUUUCAUCGCUUCGUGACGAAGCGGGAGGACAACACUGUGGAGGUCGAUGCCGACUUACGGAAGAUGUCGCGGGGUGAUCCACUGCUCUAUAAUCUCAUGGAGCUGUCUCGAUACGAUGAGGUGACAAGCGGCUUACAUGCUUCGAGCAUGUUUCAGUACCUGGAUGAUAUCCUGGCACACUCGACUCAUCAGAAUGCAAGUCGAGUAAGCCGUGCCAUGUACAUGGUCAUUUCCGAUAUGGCAGUCAUCGACCAGGCGCUCACGGCGGUCAAGUUCCAUCGCCCUCCCUGUGCGCCUGUCCGCCAGAUCAUGGCUGAGCAUGGUAUCGUGGACAUGGACUCGAUGAAGACAUCAGUGCUCUCUCUUAACGAGACAUCAGCCAUUAAAGCUGCGGUACUGCGGAUCCUCGAGGAGAGCAGGUCCGAGUUGAGUUACGAGGGUGCCGCAGAGUCUGGUUACAAGGAAUUGUACGCGCCAUUGGCUGCCUUUCUUGCCACGCCGGCGCCAACAGGACGAACAAACAGAUCGGCACUCGACGCGCUCACUCGAUCGCACGAAGCGCUCAAGGCUUUUUGGCACGAGGUCCAACAGUGGCGCAGAGCUUCCUUGAAACAGCGAGGUUGUGGUGAGCGCAUGACGAAUGCCCGGGUGCAAUGCCUGACGGUAUCUGGGAGCUUGAGGCACGAGAUGCUGUUCGGGGUGGAGCGGAAGUCUUUGUUGACAGCGGUUGAGGCACGAGAGAAGGUAGCCAGUGCCCGUCAAGGCCAAGCGUCGGUGAAAUCAAUUUCACCAAUCGUGCCACAAACUGUCUGGGGUACCUUAGAACUUGAUAGCAGACCAAUGCCGGUAUCGAAGAUGAAGGAGAAGACCAGGCCGGCCAUGAAUCCGAGCGAGACUAGCGAUCAGGACGCUGGCAUCGAAGAGCUGCACGGCGACAUCGACCAUCGCUUCAAGGACUCUCGCUUCAGCCCACUCAAAGUUGAAGCCAGCAAAGACAACAUUCGGCUUCUUACUCGCCUGUACGCCGCCCCAGAAGACACGAAGGCCAACAAGGGAAGUGUAAAGUGGGACGACUUUGUUGCCGCGCUGAUUGACGCCGGCUUCCAAGUCAUUCCCAACAGUGGCUCUGCUGUCACCUUCAGAAGCACCGAUGGACAAGGAUCUAUUGUGUUUCAUCGUCCACAUCCGGAUCCAACCCUGGACUCGAUCAUGCUCCAUUCCAUGGGCAAGCGUCUGGCGAAGUGGUUCGGCUGGGAGAAGGAUACCUUUGUCGAGCGCGGCAAGGCUUAG